AUGAGGUCGAGCCCAGGCCUGUUCGCCCAGGUCUCAAAAUUCGCGGUGCAUAGCAAGAAAUCUUUUGAGAGAUUGGACAGGACCCCACAGACUGCUUUUACCUACUAUUACCAGUUGCAGGUACAAGCUUUGAGCAAAUGUAAUGCUGGAGAAGAGCCAAAAAAUCUUAUAAGAGGGAACAAUUCGUUCAAGCAAUUCGUUCGUCGCAAUUGGCACAGUUUAUCGAUUUCCAAGAGGCGACUCUAUCAUGCAUUAUACUUCCGGUAUACGAGAAUUGACUACGCAACUCUAAACUAUGAACAGGUGGCCAAGCGACUGGAAAUACCGAUUCCGCUAAACAGCGAAUAUUUGCUUUUUAGAAACGGGUUUAGGGAAAGUUUCGAAAGAAAACGCGAUGCGGCAAAAGUGAGCAGUGGCAGAAAGUCAAUGGGGGCAGGUUCCUCAAGAGUAAUCAAGCUCUUACACAUUAGCCAUAACGUAGGUGCAAGCGAAGGGCAAGAGCAGAUAAUAACGAAAAACUUUCAAGAGAUGUGUAGAGAGUGCAAACGGGUGUGGAAAAGUCAAGUCACCGACGCCCAGAAAGACGAAAUCCGGGAAAAAGUACGCAAUGCUCGCGAGACGUUCGAGAGUCAGGUCGAAGACGAGCUUAAUGCGAUUCAAGGCUUGGAGCCGUUAAUUGACAGGAUCAUAGCCGAAACAGGAACUGCACAUUUUGGGAUGGAAAGGUCCAUCAAUUUCAGGCAUUAUAAGAACAAACGAAACCCAAACCUAGUGAUAAAGAAAAAGUAG